AUGGGUCAGCUGUGCCGCCUCUACGAGGAGGUGGUCGGCAAUCCUCCGGCGAACGCGGUACAGCUGCCCCCACCACAGAGGCCUCCAGUCCCCAUCGCCACGGAGCUUCCCGGGACUUCCAAGAGGCGCUCGCCUACCUGCGCCCUGCAGCAGACGGCCGCCUGCCUCCUGGAUGAGACCCUCGGAGACCACCUCCUGGUGUACGUCGACGGAUCAGUGGUACCGGACACCGGCUCUGCCACGGCGGCCUGCACGGCACCAGCCCUGCAGAAGAGCAGGCAGUGUCGACUGCCCAGACACGCCAGCUCGACUGUAGCGGAGGUGGCAGGCCUCCACCUGGCCGUCGACUUACUCUCCGAGGAACUCCCUGAGGUACCGGCAGCCAUCCUCUGCGACUCCAAGGCAGCCCUCUUGGAGUCGCGCUGCUGUCUACCCGGCUGACAGCGCUACAGGAUGCAGGCCACCCGGUGUCCCUGCACUGGAUCCCCGCCCACGUAGGGAUCCCGGGCAACGAGGCAGCCGACACCCUGGCGAAGGACGCCCACCACACCACUGUGCCCCUCAGCCGGGCCGUGACGGAGGGCGACUUCACAGGACUGAGGCUGCGGCGAUACCUGGCGACCUUCCACCCUGACAAACGGGUGUCACUGGGAUGCCCCCCACGCCCACUCCCCCAGCGAGGCCUGGCUCGCAGGGAGACCUCGCUCCUUCUUCGGCUUCGCAUCGGCUGCAGCUGGACGGCAGCACGCAGCCACCGACUAGGACGAGCGACAUCCCCGGACUGCACUUCCUGCGGGGAGCCGGAGACCAUCGAGCAUCUCCUGCUGGCCUGCCCGGCUUACCUCCAGCAGCGGGGCCCACUCCUGCACGAGUUCCGCCGCCUGGGCCUCCCCUCAAGCAAGGAGGAAGACCUUCUCUUCCCCGGCCGACCCCACCUUCCUGCACUUCGAGGCGUCGUGGAGUACCUUGACUCGUCAGGGCUCUCCGCACGCCUCUAAGACAUGAUUUCUGCAAGCGGAACGGCCUCGCGGCCUCCCAACCCGUCCCGGGCCUGACAGGCCCGGAACUACACCCCUGCAGUCUCUGCAGCACUCCAAGGCCUUCCAUCUCGGCCUGAUACGUGCCGCCACAGCCUGCCGGUUUGCUACGCCCAGCCAUGCACCUUGGACUACAUGGCCUCAUGGAACCACUGGCGGAUCCAGGAUGAAUGCAGAUAUAUGUCAUAUGUUUCUUGAAUAAACAUUAAUUGAAAGUAGCA